AAUUCACUUCACUUGUGUUUUUGCUUGUCCUGAAUACAAGAAAUGGCGGAAGGAGUUCUCUUCAACGUUGCAGCACGGAUCAUCGGAAGGCUAGGCUCCCUUGCUUUCCAAGAGAUCGGAUUGAUUUGGGGUGUCCAAGAUGAGCUCCACAAGCUCCUGGAGAUAGUUGCCGGAUUCCAAGCUGUUCUUCUUGAUGCUGAGAAAAAGCAAACCAUCAAUGAAGUCAAAGUGUGGCUCGAAAGCGUAGAAGAUGCAGUUUAUGAAGCCGAUGACCUGCUGGAUGAGUUUAAUACUGAAGCGCAGCAGAGACAAAUGAUGUGUGGCAAUACUAAGAUGUCAAAGAAGGUACGCCUCUUCUUCUCUAGCUCAAAUCAACUUGCUUUUCGGUUAAAGAUGGGUCAUAAGAUAAAAGAUCUUAACAAGAGGCUUCGUGAGGUUGCAUCCCGUAGAGCCUUUCCCUUAGAAGUAAAUUGUGAAGAUACACGAUUUAUAAUUAGAGAGAGGAUCACUCACUCAUUUGUCCCUAAGGAAAAUAUUAUAGGGAGAGAUGAAGAUAGAAAGGCAAUUAUUCAACUUUUGUUGGAUCCCAUCUCAACUGAGAAUGUGUCCACCAUUUCCAUAGUUGGAUUUGGAGGAUUGGGGAAAACUGGUCUUGCCCAACUCAUAUUCAACGAUGAGGUGAUUCAAAAUCAUUUUGAGUUGAAAAUAUGGUCAUGUGUCUCUAAUGUAUUUGAGUUGGAUAUACUUGUUAAGAAAAUACUAAAAGUUGACAAGAUUGAUAUGGAUGAGCUGCAAAAUGAUCUUAGAAGAAAAGUAGAUGGAAAGAAAUACCUAAUUGUGUUGGAUGAUGUGUAUGAGAAUAGGGAGAAAUGGCUUACCUUGAAGUACUUGUUAAUGGGGGGUGGAAAAGGUAGUAGAAUACUAAUAACCACUCGUAGUGAAACAGUUGCGAAGAUAUCAGACACAGCUAAACCGUACACCUUAAGGGGUUUGAAUCAAGAGGACAGUUGGUCUUUAUUUAAGGAAAUGGCUUUUAAAGAUGGAAAAGAGCCAGAGAAUUCAACAAUUAAGGCAAUUGGGAAGGAGGUUGCAAGAAAAUGUCAGGGAGUUCCACUCGCUAUAAGGACAAUAGGUGGGAUGUUGCACACCAAAUAUCACGAAACAGAAUGGUUGAAUUUCAAAGAAAAGAAACUUUCAAGAAUAAAUCAGGAAGAAAAUAAAAUUUUACCAACACUUAAACUAAGUUAUGAUGUGCUCCCAUCACAUUUGAAGCAUUGUUUUGCUUACUGUAGCUUGUUCCCACCUGAUUAUGAGAUCUCUGUACCGAUGUUGAUUAGACUUUGGGUGGCGCAAGGGUUCAUUAAGUCAUCAGGUGAAAACGAGAGUUUGGAGGAUGUUGCGUAUGAGUAUUAUAUGGAAUUGUUGUGCAGAUCGUUUUUUCAAGAAGAAGAAAAAGAUGAGUUUGGUGUAAUAACAAGUUGUAAAAUGCACGAUCUCAUGAAUGAACUUGCAAUCUUAGUGUCGGGGGUCAGAAGCGCCAUAGUUGAUCGGAACCAAAAGAAAUUUCAUGAAAAGCUUCGUCAUGUAUCUUUCAAUUUUCAUGUUGAUCUGUCGAAAUGGGAAGUGCCAACUUCCUUGCUAAAUGCAAAAAAGAUACGAACCUUUCUUCUUCCUUGCCAAAAGUUUAGAGGUUUUUCAGUAGAUAAUUCAUUUUCUGCUACAAUUAUCUCAAAUUUUAAGUCACUGCGUAUGUUGAGUCUCAAGCGCAUAGGAAAUGAAAAAUUACCAAAUUGUCUUAAAAAAGUGAAACAUUUGAGAUAUCUUGAUCUUAGUGAUAAUGAUGGCAUCAAGAGACUUCCAGAUUGGAUAGUUGGACUUUCGAAUUUGGAAACACUAGAUCUCAGUCGGUGUGAUAGGCUUGUGGAAUUGCCUAGAGACAUAAAAAAAAUGAUCAACUUAAGGCAUCUCCUCUUGCAAGGCUGUAAUGGAUUGACUCGAAUGCCACGUGGAUUGGGGGAGCUGAAUGGUCUUCGUACAUUGAAUAGAUUUGUUUUGAGCGAAAACAAUUCUUUGUUGAGGGACAGUGCUGCGGGUCUUGGUGAACUGGGAAGGCUUAAGGAAUUAAGGGGAUGGUUAGAAAUUAAAUACUUGAGGCACGAGAAAGAUGUGAUGUCAGAAUCAAAUGUUGGUACGCCUCUCAAGGAGAAACAGCAUCUCCAUUCGUUGCAUUUAUGGUGGAAAUAUGGAGAAGAUGUAAACGCAAUUGAUGAGAAGGUUAUUAUAAUGUCAAUGGAAGUAUUGCAACCCCAUUCAAAUCUAAAGAAGUUGUCCGUGUGGUAUUAUGGUGGUGUGAGGUUUCCGAUUUGGUUUUCUUCUCUCAUAAAUCUUGUUGAUCUCAGAUUGUGGGGGUGUCAUAGAUGCCAACAUCUUCCACCCUUGGAUCAUUUCCCAUCCCUUAAGUAUCUUGACCUUAUUGGGUUUGAGAAGUUGGAGUACAUAUCAGACGAUACCAGCAGCGGCAAUAGUAUGAGUGAUGAGAUGAUGACGUCCCUGGAGGGCCUCUGGGUAGAAAGUUGCCCUGUUCUGAAGGGAUGGUGGAGGGCGCACACUCAUAACAAUGCUUCUUCUUCUUCAUCAACGGAAAAUCUGUCUUUGCCUUCUUUUCCCGGUCUUUCUACAUUGUGGAUCAGUAAUUGUCCUAAUCUAACUUGCAUGCCUCUGUAUCCAAAUGUGGAGAGAAUAGAUCUCAAUGGGUGCAGCUCGAAGGUUGUUGAUUCCUUGUUUGUUAGAGGAGCAUCUGAUAUUACACAUGAUGUUGGUGUUGAUGUCUCUGCCUCUUCUUCUUCCCCUCAUUUCUUCAAAUUAACACAUCUGUCACUCAGUAAUAUUGAGGAUUUGGAAUGUGUAACGUCACUAGGAAUGGGCAACGUCCCAUCACUCCAAUCGCUUGACAUUAAAGAUUGCCCAAAUUUGGCAUUACUACCAUAUCAUGGGAUGGGCAACCUCGCAUCCUUUCGGGAGCUUACAGUUACAAAUUGCUCCAAUUUGACAUCAAUGUUAGAAGGGAUCGCCAAUCUUACAUCACUUCAGAAGCUUGCAAUUGGAGAAUACUCUGAUCUGACAUUACCGCCAGAAGUGGUCGUCAACCUCCCAUCACUCCAAUCGCUUACGAUUGUAUCUUUCCCAAAUUUGGUAUCACUACCGGAAGAAAUAAGCAAUCUCACGUUACUGCAGAACCUUGAAAUUCAAAGUUGCCCUAAUUUGGCAUCACUGCCAGAAGGGAUUCGUCGACUCCCCAACUUAAAUACAUUGGGAAUUUGGAGAUGCCCCGUGUUAAGCGAAAGAUGCGAGAAGGAAACAGGGGAGGACUGGCCUAAGAUUGCUCACAUCCCAUCCAUUUCUAUUCAUAAUUUGUAAGGUGCUGAAACCAAAGACGGUUCAAGCGUUUAGAUGGACACACAUCUUUAUCAGAAGAGACAGAAAUGAUGCGCUGCAUAUAUCGACAAUAAGCUCCAAAGUCCUUGCUGUUGGACAUUCACAGG